CACAGCCCCAACCGCUGGUUGGUUUAACAGCUGAGUAGAGCUCAGAGUAGUGAGCGAAGAAGAAGGCGAAGAAAAGGCAGCAGCUUUACGCUCUCACCCACUCCUACAGGCUACAACUGAUGAUCAUUUGAAAUUUGGAAGAAGACGAAGAAAAGGCACUACGGCAAUACGCUGCAAUGGAAGCUCUCCGUCCUCCCUUUCCCUCCGCCGUCCCUUCUGAAAAGCCGGCGGUGGCAAUUACAACCUUCCCUUCCACCUUCACACUCCCCAACCAAAAACAGAGGAACACCCGCCGUCUUAACCUCUUUUCUUCUUCUUCGUCCUCUACUCUCUGCCCUUCAGUUUCCUGUUCCGCCACUGCAUCUGCUACGCUCGCUUCUACUUCGUCUUCCUCUAGCAAUGGCAACCGCAAUUGGAUGGUGCUGGUAGAAAGGCCACCGCAGGGGCUCGCUUCGAAACCCGAUAUCGUCAAUUACUUCGUCAACACCCUUGAGAUGGUUCUGGGAAGUGAAAAGGAUGCUCAGAGGUCUAUUUACCAUAUCUGUUGUGAUGCUGCACAAUUUGGCUUCUGCUGUGACAUUGAUGAAACAGAAUCCGCCGAGCUAGCUCGUUUGCCGGGGGUUUUAUCUGUAACGCCUGACCCAAAUUACAAUUCUACCAAAAAGACUUCUGCUUCGAGUUCAGGGUUGGAAGAUAGUUUCAACCCACUUACAACUAUGUGGUUGUUUCCUCCUGGGACGAGCAAGCACUGGCUAGUUAGGACGACUACACCUGGAAUCGGUGUGCUUACGAAGGCACAAGUAGUUGAUUACUACACACGGAUAUUAACCAAGGUUCUUGGGAAUGAGAAAGAUGCACAGAUGUGUGUGUAUCAUGUUUCUUGGCAAUCCGAUUUCGGGUUUUGUUGUCAGCUAGAUGAAGAUUCUGCACGCAUGCUGGCCGGUGUUCCUGGUGUUUUAUCUGUUCAACCAGAUGAGAACUUCAAAUCAAAGGUUGAGGGUUAUGGAGGUUUGUCCCUUGAUACUGCUGAAAAUUCAGCCGAGGGACCAAAUUCCUUACAAGCAAUUCCGCCAGGAACGAAGAAACUCUUUGUGACUGGGUUGUCAUUUUACACGUCCGAGAAGACAUUGAGGGAAGCAUUUGAAGUUUUCGGUGAGCUGGUGGAAGUCAAGAUAAUAAUGGACAAGAUAUCGAAAAGGUCAAAGGGUUAUGCAUUUAUCGAGUACACCACGGAGGAAGCAGCAAGCGCCGCUCUCAAGGAGAUGAAUGGCAAGAUCAUCAAUGGAUGGUUGAUAGUAGUUGAUGUUGCCAAAACAAAGCCUAAAAAAUACAGUCGCAGCCGCCCCACGUCCCCCAACUCCUGCUCCCAGUAGAUCAUAUGUUAUUGCCACAGUAGCAGGUUUCUCGUUUGAAAGGAUGUUCACCAGUCGAAUGGCACUUGCCAUGAUCUAAACUCAACCUGCUAUGGACAGUAUGGUGUACCGAAAUACCCGACCUGUCCCAUUACCAUUCCCAGACCCGGCUCAGCAAAAUAGAUCAACCUGAGUUGGGAACCAAUAUCCCAAGUUCCAAUCCAUCCAUAUGCUAGAUUGAUCGAGACCAAAAAUGAUUUUAGUUUUACAUUGUUGUUUCCUGAGUUGGAUAUUCAGCUGUAUAGCUUCAGGAAUGGAUCAUGGAAGAGGCUA